AGAGAGAGAGAGAGAGAGCCCGUACGGGACCUUCCAGGAGGAAAGUGGAACUAGCCCCGAUCGGGCAGAUGCCGCGUUAGGCCGCCAAACCGCCUGCCUCGUCGUUGCUCGCCCUCCUCCCACCUUUCUCCUUCCUCAGCUCAACCUUCUUCCGCGUUCUUGUAUACUGGUAUUCUGGUAUACUGCCCGGGGACCUCGGCUUAUUUACUUCAGACUGUGAACCGAAAUCUUGCUAUCUGCCCCCCUGUUUGGGCUGGCGUAUCUCACAAGUCUUAUCUUCUCCAGAAACACCAGAUCAACUGAGCCCGCGCGGUCGAGCUGUUACUGGUAGUUUGCAACUUCAUGCGCACGCGAUCCGUCGUGUAGUAGAGAUGAUUACUAACUGGGUGCAUUCACUCGUGGCAUACUACUGACCCUUUUGAACAUUUUGCGUAUGGCAUGCUCACAGAGGCAUCGUGAUCAUGAAGACUGGUCUUGUGUAGCCACCUGAGCAGAUACCGACCUUGACAAUAUGGCGCGUGUAUUUCGAAGGCCCGCCUCGGCCCUUUCUAGGCGCGCUCCGAGUAGAGCUGUGCGGGUGAACAGCCGAAAGCACAAAGUGAUUAUGGAAUCUGUCACGCAGGAGAAGAAGAAGCUUCGGAGUGUUAUUUCUUUUGAAGCUAAAGCACCCCCUGGCUACACUUUCAUCCCCGCAGGCAAUCCUCAACUUACAACUGCAUGCAAGGAAUUAUGCCGGAAGGAUGGCCUCAAAGUCUUCGCCGUCACGGUAGGCCAACCGCAACAUAACCCUUCUUGGGCUGCCUGAUCCAAUCCCCCCCCCCUCUCUAUCUCUCUCUUUCCCCUUCCCUUUCCCGUCUAAUUUUUGUCGUCGCUACUAGACAACCCCGCACAUGCGUACCCAUAAUCUUUCCCAGCAUGUACACCGCAUUGGGUAUCAUUUCCCAAGCGCUGUCGUUGCCGCAGUCUGUACGGACCUGGAUCUAUAUCUGACGGCAACCGGGAAGGCGGUCCCUUUCAAUGGUGAUAAAAGUGCAGGAAAUCGCAAACGUGCUAAUUCAGAGGUAUCUCAAAUAACGAUCAACACUGAAGCGAGAGACGUUCUGAAAGAUCUCUUCCCCAACAUACCUGCCAAUGAUUUAAACCAAAUCAUCAAAACAGCCUUCCAAAAGGGCCAACGGAAAGUUGGCACGGCGGUUGAGCUACCCUUGGCCCGCCGGGCGCAGUUGGCGGUGGUUGCCCACAUCCGACAUCUCUACACUGAUUACGAUCGUCUUCUGAAAACGACCUCAUUUCACGAGGCUAGAAGCGCGGUUGAGGAACCCACUCUCGCGAGGUUGGUUGAAUGGCGAGGAGACGAUGAAAACGGAAAGACCAUCCUCGAAGACGUCUUUCGCGAAGUAAUCGUCAUCUCCGAUGAUGAAGAUAGCGAUGCCGAAGAGGAUGUACCUCCCCCUGUAGAUCGUGACUAUAGUGUGGAGGUUGUCUCAAGCAACCCACGAAUUGACGAGCUGCAGACAAAGCCGGUGAAUUAUGCGAAUCCGGUUCUCCCAGAGUCUCACUUGGAUCUUUCAGACGAUGAUGCGCCACCAGGUUUUCGAUUUAUUCCAGGAGUUCCACGGGAGAAAAGAAUUGAUCGCCGCGGGUUCAGCAGGUAUCAUGCUUGGGACCGUGCCAUGAACCGGUACCGGAACAUCGCAAAUAGGGUUGGCGCGACUGGCCUCAGCCGGCUGAAUGAUAGCUCUGCCGACAAAUCCGACCCCCUAUGCGCUGUACGACAGCCCCUACUGGAAAGUAACCACCAUGAACUGGAAUCAGUUCCCAAUCGAGCUCUCGGUCCUCGCGGCAGACAAUAUGCGAGACCUGUCACACCUAACCCGAGACCUAGAAAUAACGGAACCAACAACUUAGUUCCUAGUCCCGUCUUAGACCGUCGCGUAAGUCCCCAGAGCUCACCGGCAACUCGCAUGGUGCAACUUUAUCCGAUGACGAGCUCUGAAACCGACAACUUGCUGACUUUUCCCGAGCCGUAUGAGUUAUACCCUAUGGUCAAAUCAUCUCGCCAGACCCUGGUUGCCCCUCUGUCUGGCGGAGGCUCCACGGAAUACGGCCCUAAACUCCACCAUGAAAAGGGUUUGUCUCAUCAAAGCGGCUUGUCCAACGCCCCUGUAUUUGUUAGUGGCCCUAGGGAAUUUCGUGACCAGUCCAUGGAUCGACCUGGCUCCCCUAAAAUAUCAGGCCCUUUACCACCAGGCCAGCCCAGUUUGAAUCCACAGGAUCGAGCAUUACCUUCAAUCGAGGCUCCUGCGCCUACUUAUAGUAGGCGCCCUGAUAGUGGCCCCUUAGAUCACCUAGCCCAAAGGAUGUCUGGAGGGUUUUCAAUCCGCUCAAUCACACCGCAUCGUCCGCCCCAAAAGGAAAGUCCACAGCACGCUUUUGAAGACAACAUAAGAGACCAGGCCCCUAAGAGAAGGCGUGUGACCUGUUACGACUCUAGCAGGCCAUUUGGGUCUCGCUCGGAUAUCGACUUCUGUACGGCGGUAGAACUCAACCCAGGAGAACGGCACAUUCCCCCAGGAUAUCUGCCAGCCGAACAUCUGUCUUCUUUGGAUGAACCGCAUCUCCGUAGGAGAUAUGCCCCUCCAGCUAAUCCGCGCUAUUUUGCAAACCCUCACCCUGAGUCCUUGCAGGACUCAAUGUCUGAUGUAUCCAGGGUUAAUGCCGACCUGGGGAUUAUUAUGCACCAGAGGCGUUCGGAAGGCCUUGAACGUCACCCAGUCUCUCGUGGCCGCCUGCCUGCGGUUCGCGAGGCCCCGGGACAAUCUCACGAUCUUGGAGAAACGGGAACAGUUUUACCUGCGGGACAAGGCCACCAGCGGUUUAUUCCUGUUCGGCCUUCAGGCCUAGGAGAAAAACGCAUGUAUAAUCUUGGCUAUCACUAUGAUGCUGACGGCAUGCGACCAGCCGAAUUGCCAAGGUCCCAUGGACCUGGUGUCCGAACCAAAACUGACCACCUUGCAUUGCAUGAAGCCCCUCGCAGAAGACAUUAUGCUGAUGAUUUUGUUCGUACUAUUGAUUUGCAUGACCCUAUUCCAUUGGAAUACACACCGCACCGUCCGCAUCAGACCGCCAACCCAGUAGAAGUCCCGUCUCCGCCUACCCUUGCCCGACCUGAUGAGAAACUAAGGGGAAUCCAUGACCAUGCUGUGGUGGAAGACGACAGUCCAAAGUACCAUAGCAGCAGACCAAUGGGAACCCAAACUGCUGCUGCACGCUAUUCUGAUGGAGGAGCUGAAGACGCUAUCAAUUAUCGGUAUGACUUCGAGCAUUUGUCUGACUUGAUAUCAAAGCUACAGAUUCCACAUGGCCUUCCUAACACUUCCCCCAACCCUCCUGUCGCCGCGAGACUGUAGGAGCUGACAUGGACUGACAACCUUGCACAGAGAAACAUAUGAUCGUUAUCUUCAUUCUUAUCCCACGUAUCCCCGGGGGAAUCAGCGGCUCCAACCACGUUAUUCAGUGCCCAAGGGUCAAACUGUUGUCAUUGUGGACUGAGUUCCCAACGGCCGGGAAUGAUUCUUACGAAUGAUACGGGCUUUGGUAGUCAAAAUUAUCUGCCGUUCUGUGCUACGAUGAUGACAUUGAGGUUUAUUGUAAAUGCGCGUGUGAGCUACUGUACAUACCAGGGAGUGUGAGGGAAGAGAUACCCAUCUAUCAAUCGAGACAUUAUCAUGACGAU